AUGAAUUUAAGACUCAAAAACUCUAACUUUGUGACUAGCAAUAAUGAUAUCACUAGAAUAAGGAGAGCUCGACUAAUAUAACCUAAUUAACAAUAAUCAAAGUCCUUAGCUUCAGUUAAAAUCAUUGUAUCUCCAGAACUUAGACAAAAGAAAUAGAAAACUAUUCAUCACGAUGCUGUCUAAGAAGAAACUAUCAAGGAUUACAAAUAGAAUGAAAAAAACCAAUUUUGUAAGGCUAAAUUAUAAGAGUUAUUUAGUCUUAGAAAAAGUAUAGAAUUUUUAAUAAUUUGAGGUAGCCUAACUCCGUUAUUAAAAUAAUAAAUCAAUCGAUAACAAACAAUAAUCAAGCAUUAACCUGAUUUUAUAAAGUAACAGGAUUUAUAUGUUCGAAUUAGAAGGCAAAGCAUUGAAAACCUUUAAACCUAAGAAAAAUAAAAGAAUUUUGUGCUUAGAUCUUCAUAGGAUUCCACCUAAAAGAAAAUAAUUUUAACUAAUAACCUUAAAUCUGCUAAUGGGGCUCCCUUUUUAAACAGAAGUGUUUCAUAAUUUACCUGUAUCACUCCAAAAAAAAAUGAUAAUGACUACAUGAAUUAAUAAUAAAAAGAAAGUAUCAAAAGGUAAAAACUCGAAGGGUUAAUCAAUUUAAUUAUUAAUAUGAACAUUGAAAACUUAGUUAUAGCUUUUAAUUCAAUUAAAAACAAAGCACCAUUACUGCCAUUCAUAAAGGAACUUAAAAGGAGAAAGGAUGAUUUUCAACAGAAAAGGUUUUAUAUCUAAUUAGUUAAAGCAUAAUGA